AUGUGUAUAUCAUCAUUCAACCAUCUCCUCUCUCUCUCACACAUUCACAUAUCUCUGCGGCUCUUCAAACAACUAACAGGAAAAGUUCCCAUUCCAAUACAACCUGACUAUAUAUUCGUUGUUGGUAUCAUCUUUGGGCUAUUGGGACUCAUUCUGCUGCUGUCUCUGUGUCUUCUCUGGUGCUGUGUGCCGCUGAUCACAGGGACGAUCGUCGGAGGACUACCCCCUGAGCCCAAAGAGCCCACUCCCCCGCCCACUCCACCACCCACGCCACCACCACCACCCCCAGAGCCACUCCCACCAGUCCCCGGCCGAAAAUGGGAAGUGGUUGAUGCCUCGUACUAUGGAGGAAGAGGGGCAGGAGGAAUGAGACCAAUGAAGGUCUCGUGGGGUGGAAAGGGCGCAACUGAACUAGGCUCCAAACUGACCAAAGCCAAGGAUGCCAGCGUGAUUGAGAUGAUUGAAGAGCCAGGACUUCCUGGUACGGACAUUGCUUACGUACCUCCCCCACCCCCUGCUCCCGUUGUCGUAGCAACCAUACCAGCGAAGGAGCCAGGAUGUUGGGACAGAAUAAAGAAAAAGCUUCGAAGGUGGUACGCAGUGUUGUCGUCAUAUCGACCAGUCUUCACUAAUCACGGCACUAUGGGAGAACGUGUUAUCCUGUGGUUCCCUGGACAGAAAGGCAUUGAAAAGAUACAGAAGACACCAUCAGCAGUGGAGAAUGGAACCGGACCACAACUGACCGCACCUCCACCACCCCCACCACCGUACUCAAGACGUCCUGCCCCCCGCCCCCCAGGUAGACACGCCCCCCCAAUCCCCACCCCAUCACAAGAGAACCUCAUCGGAGACGACUGACUUACUCAAACACACCUUAUUUUGUAAUUAUAAUUAUUAUACGGUGAUACAAUGUUAUACUGUGUUUUCGUAUGCUUUUAUUCUUGUUGUAUAUGAAGGCACUCCUAAUUAUAAAUUUAAUACAUUGAUAAACACA